AUGGCUGAUGCUCUUAGUAGACGUGUCGCCCUCAUCAAGACUCUCAGUGUUGAAAUUGUGGGCUUUGAAUGCUUGAAAGACCUCUACGCCCAAGAUGAGGACUUCCAACAGGCAUGGGAAAAAUGUAUAAAUCGACAGCCAAUAGGUGACUUUUACCUUCAUGAUGGGCUCCUUAUAAAAGGGGAACAGCUAUGCAUCCCUUGCACCUCCCUCCGCGAAAAGAUCAUCAAGGAUUUGCAUGGGGGAGGAUUGGUAGGCCACCUUGGGAGAGACAAAACAAUUGAAGCAGUCAAGGGGCGUUACUACUGGCCGAAAUUAAGAAGGGAUGUGACUACUAUUGUUCAUAAUCAUGCACUGGACUUAGUGAAGCAACCCAGAGUACCCAGUGUCUCGGCAGAACAGCUGGCAGAGUAG